CAUCAAGUUGGAAAUUUUACUCUAUUAAAUUUUGACUUACAAUGUUAUUUUAUACGAACUUUGCAUUAACUUAAGAUGACAAAUUUUCAACCGAAUUAUUCUUAUUUCCACUUACAACUAAUUAGCUAUCUUGCUUUGAAUAAGUGCACACUUUAGCUCUGUUGUUCCUUCGAAACUUGAUCUGUGGUCCUAAGUGCUGUAGUGAAAGUCAACAGCUAUAUAUAAUUUGUUGCUAAGGUCCAGAAAACAACAUGCGCCUAGUUUUUGUGAGUUAAGAGGAAAUGUCAACUGAAGGUGCUUCAUGCUCAAGUGAAAUUUCAGUGAACGUAAGCAACGCGUUCCAAUGUAUUAUGCUGAACAAGAGAUUCGGAAGCUGGAUUAAAAUGACCCAUACACACUAUGUUCACGCAGAAAGUAGAUUGUUGAAGGAUGUGAGAUAUAAAUACUUGUUCGUAGUGUUUCGUUGCACGUUUGGUCGUAAACGUAAAUCAGAAGGUCUGAAUGUGAAUAAAAAACCGUCUAAAUUUUUAAAUUGCCAAUCGAUGUUUCGCGUAAGAUUGGAGGGUCAACAAUACGUUAUAAAAUCUUACAACAUGUCUCACAACCAUCGGUGUACUAGUUCGUGGAUGGUUUGUGAUCCGUUGAGUAAACGAUUGUCAUCAGAAGAAAAAGAAAACUUGAAACCAGUUAUAUUGCACUGUCAGUCGACGGACGAAGUUAUCGAAAGUAUUAAGGAAAGAACAGGUAAGCAAGUGACCGCUGCUGAUGUGAAAAAUAUGAAAGCUGAACUCUCCACUGGUUGGACUCUGAAGCAGGUAUUGCAGAUGAUGCGACAAAACGGUGAAGUUAGAGAGCAUGCAGAAAAUGGAUGCAUUACGGCGAUAUGCUUCAGCAGUUAUGAUCAGAUACGGCUGUACAGUCAAUAUCCCGAAGUCGUGUGUAUUGAUUCUACUUAUAAAACUAAUAAUAAAAAAUAUUCAUUAUUCCAGUUAGUGGUGACAGACAAUUGGGGCCGAGGUCGAACUGUUAUGUUUGCAUGGACACAAAAAGAAAAGCGUGCCGAUGUUACGUGGGUUUUGGAUAAAUUCAAGGAGAUAAUGGGUAACACGACCAAAACAGAAACAUUUGUGAUGGAUUUCGCACGAUCUGAAAGCGCGGCUGUCCGUAUAACGCACGGGCAUGCAAACAUUAUUUUGUGCGCCUUUCAUUACGAAGUGGAUGUAAGUAUUUGUGGA